AUGACACGAGCUGGUGUGUCAUAUAGCGAGCCCGGUACCGCACUAGCUCUCUGCCCAGUCUUUGGAUACCUUGUCGACAGAGUUCAUACCAGGAAAUUCCCAUUCCUAAGCGCCCUCGUCAUUCUAGCCGGAUGUAUGGUAAUCCAACACACAUCUCACUCCUUAGCAAUUUUCAUCGUCGGUCGGCUCUUGCAAGGCUGUGCAGCUGCAUUAGUCGUCGUUGUAUCAUUCGCCCUCUUGAACGAUUCUGUACCAAUGGAGCAUCUCGGCCAGACGAUCGGAUACUUAGGGUCAGCGAUAGCACUCGGCUUUCUGCUAGGACCAUUCUUGGGAGGUAUUGUUUUCCAUGCAGGUGGGUAUAAUGCUGUAUUUUAUGUUGCAUACUCGAUUAUUGCGGUCGAUUGUGCGAUGCGCGUGGCUAUGAUUGAGAAAAGAGCUGCUACACAAUGGGAGCAGGAAUCCGUAACGGAGCAGGACUCGGAACCGAAUGGAAAUGUCCCCCGUCCUGGUGCCGAGUCUGCAUCAACCGAGCAGAACCAGGAAAAUAGACAGACUCCGAGUCAAGAUACUAAGUUCGCACUGUUUCGAAUUCUUCAGCAGCGCCGAGUACUGCUUUCGUCAUGGGCACUUUUGGUACAAGGAAUUCUGGUUUCUGCAUUUGACGCUACACUUCCGAUAUUCGUUGAGACUCGAUACGGCUGGUCAGAGAUUGGAAUGGGUCUGAUAUUCCUUCCGAUGGCGAUCCCGGCCUUUCUCGAGCCACUUUUUGGCUUCAUCACAGACCGCUGUGGCGCCCGACUUAUCGCCUGUGGCUGCUUCUGUCUGCUAUGUCCAGCACUUAUAUGCCUUCGCUUCGCCGAGCAAGAUGACUUGCCAUAUAUGGCUCUUCUAAUCAUCCUUUUGUUCUUGAUCGGUGUGUUCAUUCACGCCUGCACGCCAGCAAUGUUUGUCGAGACACAACGGGCCUUGAGUGCGAUGGAAGCCGAAAAUCCAGGCUGCCUUGGCCCAACCGGAGCAGUCGCACAAGGAUUUGGGUUACAGAGCAUGUGCCAGUUUGCGGGGGUGUUCUUCGGGCCACUCUGGGGUGGAUUUGUGGAGUACCGGUUUGGGUGGGGCGCCAUGUCAGGGUCAUUGGGGAUGUUGGCUGCGUUAACGGCGGUGCCUAUGUUGUGGCUUAGUUCAGAUGAACAUGAAGAGGACGAUGAAGAUCGAGAGCCACUAUUCAGGUGUUAG